CAGGAAGUGUGAAUAAGUCUCUAUGUCUUUUUUAGCUAUAAAGUUGUGUGAAUAAUAGUUCCAGUCAGAAAGAAAGAAGAAAUCUCACUGGACUGAUAUCUACUGAAUCUUAUUAAGAUUUUGAACUUUUCUGAAGACCUAUUAUGAGUUUGCUUCCUGCCGAAAAACUAGUGCUUGCUCUACAUUUAACCAUAGGCCUGCUCAUCCUGCCCCUACUUACAGAAUGUGAUAAAGUCAGGCUUGUUGGGCCGUCGCGUUGCUCUGGCAGAGUGGAGGUCAGCCAUGAAGACAGCUGGGGCACAGUGUGCGAUGACCACUGGAGCCUUAACAACGCUGCCGUGGUGUGCAGAGAGGUAGACUGUGGCUCGGUGCUUGAGGCCAAAAAAGCCGCCUUCUUUGGGGAGGGGAAGGAAAGGAUUUGGCUGGACGAUGUGCAGUGCAUGGGUAAAGAGUCCUCCAUCCUCAGGUGUCCGCAUAACCCAUUUGGGCUAAAUGACUGUGGCCAUACUGAAGACGCUGGAGUCAUCUGUUCAGAAACUUUGAGGGUUGUCAACGGAAGCAAUCGAUGUAAUGGCAGAGUGGAAGUCUUCCACAAUGAGCAAUGGAGGCGGGUGUGCAGCAGUGACUGGGGCAAGGAGGAAUCAGAGAUACUGUGCAGAGAAUUGGACUGCGGUUCUCCUGGCCAUUCGGCUGCAGCACAGACGUUUGGAGAAGCUCAUGACCUGCCUGGAGUCAAGACCAAUUGCUUUGGAAACGAGAGCUCCUUUUCACAGUGCACCUUUCAAGAAUUCAAGGAAGACUGUAUUGAUGCCACAGUUCUCUGUACAAACAGUAAACCAGUCCGUCUAAAGAAUGGGACCCAUCGAUGCUCUGGGCGGGUGGAGGUCUACCACGACGGACAGUGGGGAACUGUUUGUGACGACAGAUGGGAUAUGCAGGAAGCAGCUGUUGUUUGUCGACAGAUGAAUUGUGGGAACCCGGUCGCAGUCAAGUACAAAGCCCACUUUGGCAAAGGUCAGGAUCAGGUGUGGUUGGAUGAUAUCGACUGUAUUGGUCACGAGAAGAGCCUGAUUGACUGCCCACAUAGAGGCCUCGGACAAACUGACUGUGACCACUCUGAAGAUGCAGGUGUUGUAUGCUCAGGAAAUGUUAGACUAGUUGAUGGACCCAACUUGUGUUCUGGCAGACUGGAGGUCUACCACAACGAUAAAUGGGGGAGGAUCUGUUCAAAUAACUGGAGCAGCAAAGAGGCUGCAAUGGUGUGUAAAGAACUCAACUGUGGCACUCCCAAAAGAAUCCAAGAGAACUUUGGCGCUGGUAGCAGCGAGCUGGGAACUUAUACAAGCACAUGCUCUGACAGUGUGAGCUCCAUCGGCCAGUGCACACUUCAACAGCACUCGGGAACAUGUGACAGCAUUUCUGUUUCGUGUGCAGCCUUUUCAUCACUGAGGCUUGUGAACGGCACAGACCGUUGCUCCGGCAGAGUGGAGAUUCUGCAUGACGGCCAGUGGGGAACGAUAUGCGACGAUGACUUUGACAUGAGAGACGCCCAGGUGGUGUGCAGGACAAUGGACUGUGGGUCACCUCAGACCAUCAAGCACAGCGCGUUCUUUGGUGAAGGUGAAGGAGAGAUAUGGCUGGAUGAUGUAAACUGCUCCGGCAAUGAAACGUCUCUUGUGCACUGCCAACACCGGUCCUUUGGAGAGAGUAACUGUGGCCAUGAAGAGGACGUUGGUGUGAUAUGUUCAGAUUCCAUUAGACUGCUUAAUGGCACUGACCACUGCUCAGGCAGAGUGGAGGUCCACUACAACGGCCACUGGUCACCAGUGUAUAACGUCAACUGGGGAAUGAAUGAAGCCCUAGUGGUUUGUCGAGAAAUUAACUGUGGCGAUCCUGUUCAGGCUACAGACUUGUUCGGUGAGAGUGGAGAUCUGAGGGGGUAUAAGAUCAGCUGCAUUGGAGGGGAGAGGUCGCUGACACAGUGCACACUCAGAGACUACAACAGAACCAGCAUUGACCAAAUUCAAGAGGCAACUGUCCAAUGUUCAGGCAAUGUAAAAUUAUCAGGCGGGCCGAGUCGCUGCGCUGGAACAGUGGAGCUUUAUGACGAAGGCCAGUGGGGCACUCUCUGCGCUAACACAUGGGGUAUGAGCGAUGCAGCUGUGGUGUGCAGGCAGCUGGAAUGUGGAAAAGCUCAUAAGAUCAAUAUCGACUUUGAGUCUGGGCACCACACCGGACCAACCUGGGUGGAACAAAUUCAAUGUAAUGGACUAGAGGUUGCGUUGUCACAGUGCCGACAAAGACCUUUACAAGACAGAGAUAGAACCUGCUACUCAAAUUCGCUUGCCAGUGUUGUCUGCACAGGAAAUAUAGUGGUGCGGCUGGUUAGUGGUGAGAAUGAGUGCUCUGGCAGAGUAGAGGUCCGACAUGGUGCGGACUGGAAAACUGUGUGUGACACAGACUGGACCAUGAAGAAGGCUGAGGUGGUGUGUGAGCUGCUGGACUGUGGCCACGCCGUUAAUGCAACCAGUGCUGCCGCGUUCGGCCAAGGCAGCGGGUCAUUGGUGGACACCAAGGAUUCCUGCUUUGACAAUGUGACGGCUCUGCAGCAAUGCUCAGUCAAAGGUUUCACAGCGGGAACAUGUGGGCAUGAACACGACGCUGGCGUUCUCUGUGCUGCAAAGCUCCGUUUGGUCAGCAGUUUCAGCCAAUGCGCCGGCAGAGUGGAGAUCCUUCAUAAAGGCCAGUGGGGGACUGUGUGUGAUGAUGAGUGGGAGAUGAGCAACGCCGACGUGGUGUGCAAGCAGCUCGGCUGUGGUCUUGCGGUGUCUGCGCCCACGUCUGCCUACUUCGGUAAAGGCACUGGACCGAUAUGGCUCGACAACGUGGAGUGUUCGGGUGAAGAGGCUGCUCUCACGCACUGCGAGCACCCUGGGUUUGGAGAAAAUAACUGUGGGCACGGUGAAGAUGCUGGUGUUAUCUGUUUAGGUUCUCUAGAGAAGCCCCAGAUCUCCUUGAGUCCUGGUCCGGAGGUGAACUGGGGCGACAAAGUUGAAAUCACCUGCACUAUAGUAACAGAGCACCUAGGUGGAACAUUUGUCCUGAGAAAGACGCAAGAAUCCACCAAAUUGGAGAUGUUCUCUGAACAUGAAGCUGCUACCUUCAUCUUUUCUAAAGUGAACUUUAACCACACAGGAUCAUACUUCUGUGAAUAUCACAAUAAACUGCAAAAUCAAGUCAUCUUCUACCCUCAGGGAAACACUGUUAAUCUUUCCGUCACAGUGAAACUGGAGAAGCCCAGAAUAUCCCUGACGUCUCCUCAGGCCAUGGUGAUCUACAGCCCAGACAAGAUAUCUGUCACCCAGGGAAGCAGCUUCUCCAUCACCUGCUCGAUGCAUUCCACUUACGCCAAAGGCGUUUUCCAGCUGAUGAGGUCUGACAAGCAAAUGAGUGAAACUCAGCCGGCGUUCACUCACUUAACUUUCAGUGAGGCCAACUUUGACUUCCCGACGAUAGGCUAUGAACACCAAGGAGAGUACACCUGUGUCUACAGUGUUAACAUCUCCUCAUUGCCCUUCUGCUCCGCUCCUUCCAAGACUCUCCAAGUCACUGUCCAGGCCCCGUCGUCCUCAACUGUCGGAGGAGUUGUUGGAGGUGUCGUGGUCUUGCUGGUGGUGCUGGUUAUAGGAUACUUGGUCUGGAGAAAUAGAUGGAGGGCUGCUGGUACAACAGUUCAGUUUCAAGUUUUCAACAGGUUCGGAGCAGCAAUGAGGCCAAAUGUGGAAGACAGAAGCGAUGGAACACUUGAUGGAAGAGAAUGGAAUGUGCAUUCGAAUGAGUAUGUAAACAAUUGCCGUACAGAAGCCAAGAAUCAAGAUGCUGGCGACACUGGCAAGACCAUCCCCGAAGACCUGGCUGGGCGAGUGUGCUACGAGUUCGAACCACUCAUUUGCAUAGGGCCUAAAUGAAACAGGACCUAAUGGAAAAAUAUUGACCGUUUUAUGCUUCAACACUGUAUGCGUUUGAUCAGCAUCACAUGAGUUAUAAGCAGAUAGAUUGGUAUAAUCCAAAGGUUGUUUUGUGAGGAUCUAGAGUGUAUUUUAUCGUUUUGAGAUGAUUCAUACCUGUUGGAAAAAUACUGCAUUUAAUCAUUGAAACAUUGUGGCAUUUAUUUUGCUGAUUUGCUGUAACAUCUUUAGCUGUGUCCAUUGUGUGCUCCUUUAUGCUUUCUGAUUUCCUUUCUGCUUGUUUUGUGCAGGAAAUAAUUUUUCUAUGUGCUAUGUAGUCACGCACCUCCCCAGGUGGAAACUAACUGUAUGAGCUGUACCAUUUUCUUUCUUCAGUGAGAGGAAGUUGCCUUCUGUAGCUGUAAAUUGCAGUCCUUGCAAGUAAAAUCCCAAAGAAGGGUUUGUUGUUUAUAAGUUCAGUAAAACUACAGUGUGUUUUACUGACCUAGAUAAAGCAGGUGGGCAGGAGUGCAGCUUCUGCUUAAGCACGUGACCUAGAGUAACCUGACCUUGGGAAAGUGAAGGUUUAGAGGGGAGCUGCCCCGCCCUGGGAUAAAAAGGCAGCGUAACAAGUGUCAUCACUUUGUUUUGGAUUAUGAUUCGAUAAAAAUAUAAUAAAAUAAUGGUAAAAAAACACCCUAAAAGGUCAAGAUGAUGAUCUAAUGUCUGGGGAGCUGAAUCCCAACCCGUGAGCAACAGGUAUAUAAGGUGAUGUUGUAACCAGAAACUCUCAGUCUGACUUGUCUUCUGUCACUUUUCUGUGGAAUAAACGCUUUGUCAACCCUGGA